AUGCAGAUUACCAAACUUCUGGGCCUCGCUUUUAUGGCUGCCACGGCAGCUGUCGCCGCACCGAUUGAGAAGCGAGGCGAUGACGCUGUCGCCUAUGCACCUGCUUAUGGCUAUGAUUAUGAUCACGGAGCAAAGAAAGAAAAGCGAGGUGAUGACGCUGUCGCUUACGCCCCAGCCUAUGGCUAUAACUAUGAUACUGGGGCAAAGAAAGAAAAGCGAGGUGAUGACGCUGUCGCUUACGCCCCAGCCUAUGGCUAUGAUUACGAUCACGGAGCAAAGAAAGAAAAGCGAGGUGAUGACGCUGUUGCAUACGCCCCAGCCUAUGGCUAUGACUAUGAUACUGGGGCAAAGAAAGAAAAGCGAGGUGAUGACGCUGUUGCAUACGCCCCAGCCUAUGGCUAUAACUAUGAUACUGGAGCAAAAGAAUAG